GGCGCAGAGAGAGAGAGAGGCCAAGCUCAAGCGCCCAAGCCAGCUUUUGUCAACGAUGGUCAAAGCUUCGCAGCCCGAGCUGAAGAAGUACAUGGACAAGCGCAUCUUUGUCAACUUACAAGGCAACCGUAAAAUCUCUGGCGUGCUCAGAGGCUUCGACAUCUUCCUCAACCUAGUGCUAGACGAGGCAAAGGAUGAGACACCGGGCAGUGCACCCCUCAGUGGCUCAAGCGAUGGCGUCGUCAUUCGAGGUAAUUCUGUGUCGUCUAUCGAGACGCUGGAUAGGAUAAGGUAGUGAUGUCGGUCAACCAAUGCAAUGCAAUGUACAACUCUGACAGACAG